CUACAUCAAGUAUUUUUUAUGUUAUACAGCAAGCAAGAAAUACUAACAAGUAACAAACUAUAGCAUCCAAUUGAAAGAAUAAACCUAUAUCACCAUUGUAAAAAAAAUGAUUUGACAACGACGCUAAAAUGAAAGUUUUGAAGCAUCUAACACACUUCUAACAACACAACGCAACUGGUAUAAAAGCAAAGAAAUGUGAUCAUUAAAGGCCUAUUAGCUCAGCUGGUUAGAGCGUCGUGCUAAUAACGCGAAGGUCACAGGUUCGAGACCUGUAUGGGCCAAUAUGUUUUAGUGAUUGACCAUCAUUCAUCAUUUGUCACCAUAACUUACGGUUUUCAUUAUUACUUGAGUGGUCAUAAUAACUAAAAUAGGCGUUAUUUAGCCCCUAUUCCUAAGGCAUUUGCAUGUUAAAUCACCGUGUCUAGGCCACAUAUCAAGUUGUUUAUGCCUAUUUUCAUUCCUAUUAGCAAAACAUACGUUUUGGCAUAGGUAUUCUAGAUAUGAAGGUUUUCAUAGGGGAACCGACCCCAAUAUGUCGUAUUUUAUGCAUUCGGGAUUGACCGAGAAUCAAUUGGAGUUCAUCCGAGCACGAUUAGAAGCAUAAGAGCAAGAAGGGGAGAAGAGGCACUGGUCACAACCAUAGGUCACGCCCAUGACCAUGUUCGCAGGCUGAAGAUCGCGGUCGUGAACAUUAUCCGCGAACUUCAGCAGACGACCAAAAAUAAGGCAGAAAGUUUCCCCAGUCGAAUCACGGACAUGGCGCAUUUUGACUGUGAAAAAGAUCGCGCCUGGGGCACAAAGAUCACGACUGCGAUCUUAUGAAGGAGGCUGAGAUCUUGAAGCUUAAAGACAGAGUCAAAAUGUUUCGUUUUGGGCGACUCGGGGACAUUCUAACUAAUCACGGCUAGGUCACGGCCAUGACCAUUGUGUCACGCCUGGAGGCCUUGAUCGCCAUCAGCUUUCUAGAAAUACCCCUCUUGUUGCACUUUUCAAGAGAGAGCCAACCUAGAGUGAGAAAGUUAUGGUUUUGGGUUGUUUUUAGAGAUGGAAACACAUUGGGGGAGCUUAAUUGAAGAUCCAAUCCACCCAAGGAGCAAGAAGAAGGUGCAACCAAGGAGAAGAAGAUUGAUUCAUCACUCCCUCUCUUCUAGUUUGUGUUUUCUUUCUCUCUCUAUGACUUGAAUCUCUACUGGUUGUUUAGGGAAGAUGAACCCUAGUUUAUAGGUUGUGUAUGAAUGGGUUUUGAAUGAAUGUGUUUAUCUAAUUGAUUUCAUUGUUUCUCUAGCUUUGAUUGUAUUUGGGUAAGUCGCCAUAAUCUUCUCUACUAGCCUACUUGAGCUUCUACGCUAGGUAUGGAGUUUUAGGGUUAGACGGGUAUGUGUCAUAAAGCAAAUUGAGGUUAGAUGUAGAAUAAGAUCCUAAGGUGGACGAGGCGACCGUAUUCCUGCCAUAGGAAUGCCUUCCUAGAUAUAACCCGGGAUAAAACCUCGGUGUGGACGAUAGGUAGUACCCAUUAAAAUGAGCUAUGGUCUUAAUGCCCCGGACACGAUAGCCUAGAUCGAGGUGACUAGCAUGGGUUUAGGGGAGGCAUACUCGGAGGCGUGUGGAUAACCACAAAAGACCACAGAAAAGAGCUCGCUCGCCAAAUUCUCUUCUACUUGACAAUCAUAGCUAGGAGGAUUUGACCCUAGGCAACCGUCUCAUUUCUAGCGACCUCCCAACCACUUGGUUGGUUGUUUAUUUUGCCUUUAGGAGUAGAUUAGAUUAUUUUAAACACCAACCUUUUGAUUCGAUUAGAUAGUAAUUCGGAGCGAAGUAAUAGUAAGUUUAGGGAUCCCUUAGAAUACGAUCGAACCACCUUACUACAACCCUAACUAGGUUAUGUUUGGCUUAGUUAAGAUUGAAUAGAGAGUGUACAUCGACUUAUAAAUUUAAAACUCGAUCACGCAAGCGAUCAAAUAGCAUUUUUCACCUUUUGUCAAGUAACAUGAGAUUAGUAUGUAAAUCCCCUGAUAAAAAGGGAUUUGAACUUUGAACAACAUUUCAGGCUUGAUUUGGGCUUCAUAUGUACAGUUCAAUAUCUUAACUAUUAUUUCUUUUAUGGGGUGCCUUUCCAUACAAAUAUCCAACUCAAGAACCAGUCAAAAUCCUGCACACUUUAAUCCAAAUGUUUAUGACUAAGCUUAUCACGAAAUUGGUCAAUAUGGAAAAAUACACAAUAAUUAAAUUAAUUCCCAAACCAUACAAUUAUAUACACAUAACAACCAGAAGACCAUCUAGAUGCUCAGAAGGUUUAUGUGGAUUAGAGAAAUGGGGAUUAGGUAGCCAAUUUUUACCAUAAACAAUAAAGAAGUCCUCAUCUCUAGGUGACUUGCCUACAUCAGUGAAUUUCUGCCUUUUGGAGGCAUUGAAAUUUAUGACCCAAAACAUUUUAUAUCUACCCACCCCUUCACCCAUGAUGAUGUAUAUAUAAAAACAAUGUUUUAUACGACUGAUUAGGUACAUCAAAUUCCCAUUAUGUCACUCCUAAACAAAAAGUUAACAAAAAAAACACGGUAUAUAUCUCUAUUAUUUUUGCAGCAAGUAGGACGCUAAAAGAGCACCCAAGUCUAACACAUUGUACAUAUCUCUAAAAUAGUUUAAAACAAAUGAGUAACUAGGGUCUAGGACAGUGACGGAUGCAGAACAUAGUAAAGCACUGGGCCGCAUUUAAAUAUAAUAUUAGAUGUCGUAAAAAAAAUAGUUAACAUUUCCAAAUUUUAGUAUUUCAGAUGAGAAAUUAGUUACAAAAUUACGAACGCUAACAAACAAAUGACUAAUAUUUCGAUGUAUUGUAAAAUAUUUAGCUAAUAUUUUAUAUUUAGAAAGGUUUGUCUAAUAAUUUGAAAAGUCUGAAAGGUUUGGUUAAUAAAUUGUAUAUACCAAAAAAUAUAUAAUAACUAUAAUUUCAUUAAUUAAUUACAAUGCCAAUUAUAAUAGAAGAUUUUUUAAUUUGGCAAAUCUCAUCAAUCAUAUAAUCUCCAUCCAUAUCAAUAGCAUACUCUCUCUCAAAUAAAAUAGCUAUGCAAUCAAUGAAAAAUUCAUCGCACAUUUUGUUGCGCAAAUUAGUUUUCACAUAUUUCAUUGUUUAAAAUGUUAUCUCCAUGGUAGCCACUAUAAACAGGCAAGGUCAACACUAGACGAAUAAAAAAAUCACUUUGUUUAGAGGGGUUUUUUAUUUCAAUGAAAAAUUUAUACGGUCUUUUAAGUUUUAGACAUUUACGUUUUAUUGUUUUUUUUUUCAAAUGAAAAUCAUUCGGGCUAGAAUUUCUAUGCUAAAUUAGGAAUAGUUGUUUGCAUAUGUUUAUCUAGACCACUUUUCUAGUUACACAAAAUUCUAUUAUCAAAUAACACUCGACCGACUUUUAAAUAGUACUGGGCCGAAUACUUAAAAUAAAAAAUUUGUAAACACUAUACUAGCUCUGGAUCCGACGGAGGGUUUGGCUGUGGCCCGGGUUGGCCCAACCCUAGAUUCGCCGCUGGUCUAGGGGGCAAAGUCCAUCGAGCUAGAUAGAAAAAUAGCAAAUUAAUACCAAAGUGCGUAGCUAAGCUGCUCCAAAGGUCUUUCUAUGGCAAAUCUUUCAUCGGAUCUUUUCUACAACGGAAGUCCUAAAUGGAAAGAAAGUCUCGGUGCUUCCCAGGUGUUCAGUUUGAUGGGCUGAAUCGGAAACAAUGGAACAUUUGUUUCUACAUUGCCUAGUCGCCAUGGCCUUAUGGGACCAGUCAGGACUCGAGUAUAUAGGCCAGGGUUUGCCAAGUCAGACGUUUCCGCUCUUUCUAAAAAGGGUGAUGUUAUUGAUCCACCAACCUCAGUUGUUUAUGGCUAUUGUGGCGCUACUCUGGAGUAUCUGGCGCUCUCGCAAUUGGGUUGUCUUUGAGGGCAAGCAAUUCGGAUUCCCUGCGCUAAUGCGCCAAUUUCACCAACAGUACCAAGAGUGGAUCAGUUUGUCACUUGGCCGUUGUCAGCGUUUAGCCAUCCCACUACCUCAAUCCCUCGGUGUAGCUAAGAAUGGGUCCCACUCGGCUGGGGGCAUGGUCAUCUUGAGCAGGGGAGGGGCAGUCCUCUUGGCUAGGGGAAUAUAGUUGUCUAUUAUUGAUGAUCCUAUGUUGGUCGAAAUGCUUGUUCUCCGGGAGACUAUUCUCUAGUGUCUGGCAAACAGAUACAAGGAGACGAGAUUUGAAGGAGACGCGAAAGUUAUCAUUGAUAAAAUUAAUCAGGCAGUACUCGUGAUAAUCGGAUCAGAGUUGUCCUUGAAGAGGUUGGACGUUCUUUGGCAACUCAUCAUGGGCUUAAUGUGCAAUUUGUAGGUCGGAGUAGUAAUAGGGUAGCUCAUAGGGUGGCUAGAAAGACCCUCUCAUUGUUCUGACUACUUGUCGUUUCUUUGAUUUUCUGACCUGGUUAUAUUCCAGGAUGUAAUGAUCUUUUGCUCUAAUCAUUAUAUAUAUAAUUAUCUUUUGAAAAAAGAAAACAAAUUGAGGAUGUGCAUAAUUAAGUGCAUGGUAUAAGCUAAUUUCCAAAAAAUUAAAUCAUAAUUUAGAUGAAUAGUUCUUAAAUGAUAGUGUAGUUUUACAAACGAUGAUAUAAAAUAAUGUGACUCCUAAAGUAUUGUCAAUGAGAAAAUGAGAAUCUUAAAAUAUACAAAUAUAAAAAGUAUUUGAGGUGUGAAUCGAUAAUGUUAUCAUUGAAUAUAUAAUAAUAUAUUGAAACUAUGACUAUAUAGUUGUAACUCGUAUACUUAAUUAAUAAGAAUUAGUUGGGUUGCAAGAAGUAUGCUUAGGAUCCCACCAACUAGUUUCCAAUGUCAUGCAUGUGGAGGCGCUAUUCAUGCACCCUACCUUCCUAACAUUAACACAUGAGAAUAUGACCUUACAUAAUUUGGUACAAGAAAAAGGAAAAAGGAGAACCAAAAAUUCCAUUCCAUUGUCCAAGCCUCAUAUUUAUUGUAAUUAGGGAAGGUUUAAUUAAAUCCGCAGAGUGUCUACCAAGUACCAACACAUCAUUGGUAAAAUUAUCAACGAGAAAUUAUGUCCUUAACUGAGUCGACUCGAAUCUCACUCAAAUCUCCAUUCAUAUUUUUCUUCUCCGUUAAUAUAUAUAAAUUUGAAGUUGGGUUACUGUUUCCUAAUUAUUUGUACUUUCAUACCCCAAAUUUAAUUAAAUCACAGCUUAGUCACUAUAAUGUAUAUUUUACAUUUUGAUACCUCAAUUUUAAUUUAAAAUCAUGAACAAUUAUGUUUUGGUAUCUAAAUUUUAUAAGAUUUUCGUACGUACAAUUUUUUAAAUUUAUAUAUUGGUCCAAUGUUUAGAUUUUACUUGAAUCCAUGAAUCCAAUCCACCAAUCCUUUUGAACCAAUGCAUAAAUCAAAUCCACCAUAACAUAAAAGUAUAAAUUUAGUUUGUAUAAUACAAGAUGUUGUAUCACUCAACUAUAGGAGAAGAUUCGAUCAUUUUAUAUUUGCUCAUUACGUGAAUCAUUAAAUAAAUGAUAAAAGAGAGACGACUCUAAAACAUUAAAAGAGCGAAUUUAUAAACUCAUUUAGUACAUUUACGGGAUACUAAACAAACUUCUACUAACUACAUGUAACAAAAUAUGCGACAUCUACAUAAGCAAAUGUCAAUAAAUUGCUACAGUGAAAAGGGUUGACUGUUGUAUUGACGUUCAACUAAAAGAAUUGGUCAAAACAUUUACAUCAUCUAUUUUCUCUUCGUUUCAUUUUUCACUCCCCCUCCAUAACCCUUUCUUUAUUUCUUUCUUUGCCUUCUUCAUCUAACCCAAAUUAGUAUACUAUUUUUAUGUAUUCUAAUUACAAGUAUAAACGGGUCCAUACACGACUCGCCAACAGUCUAGAGAACUAAUAAUUGAACCAUGAACCAUUAACUUUUACAACUCAAUGUCCAAUCCAGUAAAAAAUAAAUAAAUAUGUUAUUACUUAUUAGAAAGCCAUCAUUUUUCACUAUGAGAUUUGAGGGCAUGAAAUUUUAAGCGAGUUCCAGUUUGUAUUCAUUUUGCUUCUCUCUAUAGUUUUUCUUUUCCACCCGGGCUACAAUUUUCAACAAUUAUACAUGAAAUGUUUGGGUAGGUAUCUAGCCAUAUCAAAUAAAUAGUUUUUAUUUUUUUAUAAAAAAAGUAAACAACUAUCACCUUAAAUACAUCACCAUAAAAGGAAUUAAGCCUCAACUAUGCAAAUUAUAGUUAUGUACCUAAACUAAAUAGAUCUUUAGAUUGAUAACCUAAAUUUAUUUUUUUGCGUAUAAGUCCUCAAAAUGUUGAUGGAACAUCAUUUUAGUACCUAUAUGUUUUUUUGUAUUAUAUUUUGGUACCUAAACUUUUAAAGUUCUACAAAUAGGUUUAAUUUUUGUAUAUGUAAUUAAAACACUCUCGAAUAAAUGAGUAUCCAUACCCAACUCAUACACAUUUAGAUUAUGAAAGUAAAUAUCCAAACCCUACCCAAACUCAUCUACAAACUUCCAAAUCCGUAUAUAUGUCACCCAUACCCUACCUAUAAUCAAUGGGUUUACUUGGGUUUAGCUAAAUAUCAUUUACUACCCAAAAAAUUCAAUUUUUUUAAAUUGAAUGUUGACCGCCAUAUAUAUCUUCUCCGUCAAUAUCAUAUGGUCAAGUCAAUAUUACUAACAAAACUACUAACAAAAAGUUAAUUUUAGACUAAUAAUACUGACAAAACACCAUAAUGGGCCACACAAUACAUGCACAUAGUCCAUCUCCGCCCCGCGACAAGUCGCGACAUCGCCACCUAGUUGUAAUAUAAAAGUGGAGUAGAUCUAUUGGGUUAAACAAAGAAAUUAGCAAAGUAAGAAUCGACCUUAAACACAACGAAUUUGACUAUAGGGGUUGUUUGGAUAAAUCAUCUAGAAAUGAGAUAAUUUGACCAAUUGUCUUAUUUUCUAAACGAAGCAAUUUAAACGAGUCAAUUCGAAUUACCUGUCCCAAUCACAUACAAUUGAAAUUUACUCGAAAUAGAUCAAUUCAAAAUACCUCAGGCAAAUUGAUCCAUCCAAAUUUUUUGCUGACAAACGAGUCAAUUUGGUACAAUUAUCACAAAACGAAAUAAUUACAUCAAAUUGAUCCGUUACAAUUCCCCAUCCAAACGAACCGUUACACAGUUUAUGGAGUAAAUAUAUGAUGCCCUAGUCUAAGUUCGAUGACACAAUUGUGCUACUAAACCUAGAGGCGUGUUAUUUGUCGCCUGUGUCAUUACUAUUUGCCGCUCGUAAAUUAAACUAAAAAGACAUUUUUGCCCUCCAAAAUUUCUUUAUAUUCUAUUCUUUGGUUUGGUUUUUUAAACUACCUACACCACCACCCGACCACCAACCCACAACUACGGGCGAUAAAUAGCGAUUCAUCUAAACCUAUUGGUCAAAUCACCUAUAUAUGUAUGUAUAUAUACGGAGACGACUGGUACUAGAAUUCGCUUGUUGUAUGUAUUUUCUAGGUCUUUCUUGUUAUUUCAGUAGUUUUGGAAGAUGGUUGCAAAGAAUUCACUUGUUCUAGAAUUGAGUAAAAAUACUUGGGGACUCAAUUAAGAUUGCUUAUUAGGCUGCAUCUUGAUAUGACUUGAAUCGGAUUAUCAGCCGCUGCGACUGGAAUAGUCGGUGGGGGUGCGGGGCAACGUCCCCGGCCCACGGUGUACGGGCUCAAUAUUAUUUGGGUUCGGGUUCUGAGCCUGGUCUGUAACUGUUUCCUUUGCCAUAUUGGAUUAGGUUUAGACCCACAUGGAGAAGUAUAAAUAUUUCUCAUCUCCUCAGUAAUCUGUAAUCUCCUCGAUAUAGUGAAACUAACUCUCUCUCGCCCGUGGACUAGCUAACACACAUCGUGUUAGUGAACCACGUAAAUCGUAUGUUGUGUUUUCGAUUCUUGCUUUCGUAUUCUUACUUUGUCGAUUCCAACAUUUUCCGGAUCCGUAGCAGUGUGUUUAUAACAUUAUGCAUGUAAUAGUUUGAAAAUGGCCGAGCCCUAUAAGAGGACGCGUGCAGGUUUUUGUAUUGUUUGCAGCGGCGGAUCUAGGACAUAAAAGAGCACUGGGCCGUAUUUGAAUAGAAUAUUAGAUACCAUAAACAAAAAUAUAUAAUAAUAUAGUUUUCUUUACAACGCCAAUUGUACAAGAAGGUCUUUUAAUUUAGCAAAUUCAUCAAUAAUAUAAUCUCCAUCCAUACUGACAAUAUACUCUUUUUCAAAGAAAAUAGCUAAGUAAUCAACGAGAAAUUCAUCGGUCAUUUUGUUGCACAAAUGAAUGUUCAUGUUCCAUUGCUGAAAAUAUUCUCUUCAUGGUAGUUAUUGAAACGGCUAGGUCAACACUAGACAAAUCAACCGACAAAUCAAUUUGUAUUAUGUGUCCAUCCAUAUUUCCUACAGCUUCUCUAAUAAUUUUGCAAGAGAAGAAACUUCAUCUUCCUCACAUGAGUAGUGCAUUCUCCAAAGAAUGCAUCUCAUAGCCUUCAAAGUCUCGAGGCUAAACUCUUGAGCAAGUUUGUAAAUAUUUUCUUCAUCAAAACACCAGAAAGAACAGUUAGAAUCUAGUGCCCCACUCAAUUGAGGCAAUCUAAAUGAUGACUCAUCAAGUUUGUAAAUAUUUUCUUAAUAAAAAAAAGGAAAGAAAACCAGCUCGACGGGCUGGCAGGGAAAUCCAUUUUGGGUCUGCUCGUCUCCUCGUUCUUGUUUUGUUUUGGGGGGAUUGGGAAAUUUUUUGAAUUUUGCAAGGAAGGGUGUGCUUUAGUUUAGAGUUUUUUAUUUUAUUUUAAUGAAACUUUACACUUUUAGGUUUUCAUGUCAUUUUUCAAAUAAAAUUAUUAGGGCUAUAGAAAAUUUAGUAUAAAUUUAGAGUAUUGGUUUGCAUAUGUUCAUCUGAACCAUUUUCCUAGUUACAUAAAAUCUUAUUAUCAAAUAAAACUAGACAGAAUUUUAUAUAGCACUGGGCCAAAUAUCUAAAUCGAAAAAAUUUAUAAGCACUAAACUAACUCUGUAUCCGGAGGAGGACUGGGCCGGGGUCUGGGUUGGCCCAGCUCCGCCUAUGAUUGUUUGGGUAGGUGAUUGAUUAGACUAAUCUCAGAAACCAACUUUCAAUACAUAGGCAAAGAUAUUUUUUGAAAGAGGACGACUUUUGUUCCACCCAAACCAGGGGAAACAGAGUAUGUUACAAGAGAAGAGCUAAAGCAUUGAUAACUGUAAUCGACUGGUAACGUGUUUAUACGUGCUUGUAUUUGAACAAACCUAAGAAUUUGGAUAAGUGCCACCAUUAACAAUAAUCCGGUAGCAAAACGACUGUUAAUGUUCGGUUAUUUAUUUGAAUUGUUUUCUUAUGUUAAAAGUUGAGUUUGUAUAAAAUCAUUUACAAAUCGGACUUAACAAAAACUGAAAAGUGUUUCUUAUACCAAAAAAUGUAGAAACUCUUAUGUGAAAUUCCUUCGAAAAGUUAUUUUGAAAGUAUGGGCUUGUCCUUAUUUUAUUUUGUUAGAAAAAAUAAAUUUCUUUCGUUUAUAUUAUUUUAUAGUCAGAAUAAAUUAUAACACAUUACUAUUUAGUACAAAAUAAACAAAUAAAAUUAAUUUUGAAUGUAUUAUAAUUUUUUAAUUUAUUAUUCAUACUAUUUGAAAUCAUCUUUAAUGAUUUUACUCUAGUUCUUAUAUUAAAGACAGUUUUAAUAGUUUAUCAACCAAACACUCAAUUAUUUUUUUGAAACGCCUUCUCUUAAAACCCAACCAUUUUUUUUUUGUUUUUUUAAAAUUACAAGAGGAUCAAAAUAGUCUAUUGCCACUUAAAAUGGCACAAACACACCACAUACUUGAUAAUGACACAAAUGUCAUUCCAUAGUUAAUUCAACACAAAUUCAUGACAUUCUUACAAUAAAACACACAAUAAAUCAUUAGAGGACAAUUGAAUGCAUGUAUAUGAAUGACCCUUAUCACAACCCCACACUUAAAGCUUGCUUCUCUCUUAGCAACGACUCACAUAAAAUCAAAAAGAAAACGAGACAGAACAUUUUCACAUCCCACAUGACACACAUCACUCGUGACACAAAUACAAUCGAGACAAAUAAAUCAUUCUUGCACUCUUGUUGUAAUCAGUAUUUUCUUUCUAAAUAGAAGAACCAUGUGCUUAUGUGGCCAAAUAUUUAACCCUACACUUAAGAUCUUGCAACCCUUUACUAUUGACUGAUUUAUUAACUCCAUGCAGUUUAGCGUACAUCAACCAACAACAUUCAAUUUUGAUCGUCAAUAGCGAUUAACUAACAAUGAACGGUGCAAUAGUAUCUCGUAAGGACAAUCUGGUCUACUCACGUCAAUUAUAAGCAAUCAACCAAGAACCAGAGUCUUAAAAACUUAGGGGGAGCUUUUCAAUUUAAGUACAUCACUACCUUUUCGACAACGAGAGUCUUCCUCUCUUUUUGAUUUUGCUUGCCGAGUAAUCGUAUUUAGUACUAGUGGCUUUGUUUCUUACAACCAGUUAUCAAGCAAGAGUAAGUUUUGCAAUUCUCGCGUACGCAUAGGGCUUCUUUUAACUCCUUUUCUAUGAUCCAUGUGGAGGGUCAAUGUUAUAGAGGGGUGUCGGAAGCUCUAUAUGUGCCCUCUAAACACAUUCUCAUAUGGCACUUCACUCGGCGGGGGAUUGCUUGAUAAGCAACAUCGUACGGUUGCGAACCGAUUCUCAGUUGAAUCUUUUUUUAUUUCCCCUAUGCAAGAGUAAUUUCCUGACACACAUUUUGGCAUUUAUACCCACACUCUAAUUGUUAUGGCAAAUUUCUUAUAUUUUGAUUGUCAGGUAGGAUUUUUCAUUUUUUAAAAAAUACAGUUCACCCCAUAUAAAAACUUUUGAAACCCAGAGACUCAUUGGCAAAGUCAAAAGCUCGCAAAAGAUGAAAAUAUGCACAGUAUCCAAACAUAUCGAUUGGUAAAUACUCUCCAUCUAAUCACUUCACCCAUAUUACACUAUUCUCCCGAAAUUGAAUGCUACUAAUAGAGUUUGGUCAUUCAAAGCAUUUUAACCAGCUAAAGUAGCGACUUUGGUGGGGUAACUUCAACGAUCACUAAAUGGCAAUAAUAAUGACCAACUGAACAUCACAUCACAUACCAACGCUAAGGAAAAAUCCCUACGACUCACCCCCUCCAACCCCACGCACACUUAGGGUGGAACAUUGUCCCUAAUGUUCAACUUCUAAUCUAAAUAUGCAUCGGGAUAGACUCACACAAACUAAGACACAAAAGAAAAGACUAAGAAGCGGAUGGUGGUGGGGCACUGUGCCCGAUAUCAUCAAGGCGCUGGAAUGAGCCAAUGUUGCAUUAAUGAGAACGCUGAAAAGAAGAAGGAAAAAAAUGCAUUAAUGAGAAUGAACUAAUGCACGUUAUUUCUACAUUUCGUGAUUUACGUACAUUCAUCAGGUAUGUAACUAAUGCACGUUCGUGGUCUAGUUUACACAUUCAUAUAUCACAUCAUAUAAUUUCUAUACAAAUUUCAUGCUCCAACAUUUAGCCAAGUGGGGCCUUCUGUGUGUGUGUUUUGUCAGCAAGAAGAGGAAACUCGUCAUCUCAUCUGUUUGCUGCCUGCACUGUCUUGAGGCAGGCUUUCAUAAAGGUAUUUGGUUCCAUAAAUUGAAUAGGGAUGUGCAAAGAUUUAAAGGUAUAUAAGUUAACCUCUACAUGAGAGAAAGGUGUACUCUGGUAUUUGGAGGAGAAUUAUGAUGAAUUAUGUUUAUAAGUUUGGGAACUAAUAUUGUUGGUUUUAGCCUGCUUACGAUUUUGCUGUAAUGAUCAUUGUAUAGUUCAAAACUAGAUAGCAAGGUUAUUUCGAAAGUAAAGCUUUUUUAUGAAAUAAGAUAACAUUUGUCACUUAUAUUUACGAUUAUUACUUAUUAUAUUUCUAGUUAUGUUAGUAGUAGUAUCCAUGGGUUGGACUUUAUGUGUUUACGGUAUUAUAGUGGGGUAAAGAAGAUGCCACAUGGAUGCUGACUACAUUUUUAGCUAAACACUAACGGUCAACGCCGAUCAAUAUUAAUAGAAAAUAGUUCAUGCCAGAAUUUGUGAUGUUGAAUAGUUUAGCACGCAAAUAACACUUUUUAGAUAGUUUGGCCUUCCUAGUGGAAUUAACCCUAAGUUUAAUUUACCAAUCCGGAUGAUACAAUCUCAGAUUGUUCAAUUUACAAGCCAGCAUUGCUUGCCUAAGAAGCAACUUCACAAAGCAACAAGAACUCUAGAAUUUGGCUAAGUGCUUAUUUUGUUUAAGGUUACCUACUUUGCAAGCUUGGUUCUCACAAUUGGAUCGAUGAAAAUGAAAGAAGAAGUCUUGGAAGUGAAGUUCAGAUGUUUACUACUGGAAUGAAUUCCAGUACAAAGCAGUGAAUUGAUUGACUCUCGCACAACCAAUUCACCACUAUCAAUCAAGGAAGCUCUCUUAACCUAAUCAGAUUCUAUCUAUCAUAUGUUAUUGCAGAAAUCAAGAGCAGAUGAGCAGGCUUCAAUUGACUCAAUAAAUCAUGCCUCAAUCGAUUAUAAUCAAACAAUAUAGCAUCCAAAACUUCAUACAAGAAAGAUCCUAACACAUGGAACUAGGGUUCCUCAAAACCUAAGUGAAGGGAAGUUACUCCAUAGAGAAGAGAGAGAUUGCAGAAAUCUGAUCUAGAUCUUCAAUUUCCAUCUCCAAGCUUGAUUCCCGAGCUCCAAUGGCAAAGAAAUCCUCCAUAAUAGCUCCAAGAAUGUUCCUAAGUGGCUCUCUUUAGGGUUCGUCCCUUGGGUGUUUGGGAACCAAAACCCAGCUCUCUCUUUCCUUUGGCUUGAAUCUGCCUCAAAACCCCGAUUCUGGGCAAAACACGAUCAAGGACACGGCCGUGUUUUACUUUUGCCCGCCCGUGUUUUUCCCCCAGCAGCCCUCAGGACACGCCCUCGGCAGUAAAAACACUAGCGGGGG